AUGUCCACCGAAACAAUCGUUCUUACGGGAGCCACUGGUUUCUGCGGCUUUGCCAUUCUCCAAGAAGCCCUGCAAUACGACUACAACAUUCGCAUCGUCGUGCGCAGCGCCGCAAAAGCCGACACUCUUCGCAACAACCCAUGCUUCAAGUCUUUGACCAGAGGAACACCCCGAUGCAGUUUCUACAUUGUGCCCGACCUUAGCGUCGAAGGCGCUCUAGAUGAAGCUUCCCAAGGAGCCGACUACAUGAUCCACGCCGCCUCGCCACUGCCAUUCACAAACCUCGCUCUCUCGGCCGAAGAGCAAUAUAAACAAAUGGUGGAGCCCGCAAUCAAAAACACCAUUUCCGCACUCGAGUCCGCCAAAAAAUCAAACAGUGUCAAGAGAGUGGUGGUGACUUCUUCUUGCGCCAUCUUCAUUACGCCAGGAUUGCUUUGCGAGUCUGUGGAAAGGCAUACGGUUGUCACUGAGCAAACUCUGAAUCAAGAGAUUGCACCUCCGUAUGCGAAUGUUUUGGUUUCCUAUGUUGCUUCCAAGACUUCUGCAUUUUUGAGGGCGAAUGAGUGGAUGGCAACCAACAAGCCGGCGUUUGAUGUCGUUAAUUUGUGUCCGACGUAUGUGCAAGGACGCAAUGAACUCGCCACUUCACCCACGGAUCUGAUGACCACAUCCAACGUCCUGUUCUUGAGAAUGGCAUUGGGACUGGCGCCAGCAGGCUCACCCGCGGAGAUUGCCUCAGUGGUGCACGUGGAAGAUGUAGCUGCCAUCCAUAUUGCCGCUCUCAACAAGGACAAGAUCCCCGCUGGAGAAUAUCUGUUUGGGCAGGAGGUGCAGUGGAAUGAUGUCAACAGAAUUACCAAGGAACUAUUCCCCGAGCAGGUUGCUCAAGGACUGUUGCCGUGUACUUCGGACGUGCCUACAAAGAGUGUGAUUUGCAGCAAGGAGAAGACGGAAAGGGUGUUUGAUAUCGAGCUCAAGCCCGUGGAAGACAUGGUCGAGGACCUGAUGGAGCAAUAUCUCGAGCUCUCGGGCAAUAAGAAGCAAGACUUUGAUGACGAGUAG